UAAUGCUCUUCUUCAGCACCGGGAACAGUGGGUCAGCCUGCAGAGCUCUUCCGGAGGCGGAUAAUCCCCAUCUCUGCGCGAAGUCCUCGUACAGUCAGGAAGGGAUCGCUGUAGCUCCUCUCGAGGGGAACACGUUUUGGGAUCAAAUGCAAGUUACGACGGGGGAAGCGCAGCUUUGAGGACAGCUUGGACUUGUAGAGAAAUGUUUGCGCACCUCUCCCUCUGGCUUAAUUGUGUAAACAACCAAAUCUGACACCGAUAAGCGGAUUCUCUAUAAUGUGACAGCUGCUGUUGCCUCUCAUCUAUUUCGGGAGCAACUACGGGCAGUAUCCCGCUUGCGUUUUUAUUAUUUCAGGACAAUGGUGGCACAUAACCUGGCCUUAACUUUCAUUGCAGCGGCUCUUUGGGGGGUCAGCGGCGAACUACUGCUCACUCCUUCAUCUGCGACGCACUUAAAUUCAACAUCAUCAUCAUCCGUCAUCAGUCAAGAUUCACUGACUAACAACGCCACGGAUGCUGCCGUGGGAUCCCGGAUUUCAUCUCUAAUGACGUAUCUUCCGACCCUGAAAAACAUUGUUAUUUUCAUCUGCGUGUUAACAGCUGCUCUCAUCACGUGCCUGGUCAUCAAAGUGGUCAGAUCUGGCAGAAGAAUCAGGAAGACGCGGAAGUAUGAUAUUAUCACUACACCUGCAGAGCGCGUCGAGAUGGCGCCUCUCAAUGAAGAAAACGAUGAUGAGGAUGACUCAACCCUUUUCGAUGUCAAAUACAGGUGAAUACCGGCGUGGACGUCAGCGUGUUUGAGCUGAUGACUCCCACUUGGCCUGGGACAAGUACAAGUGAUUUCCUGUACUUUUUUUUUUUUUUUUUUGGUGUGUGUGUGUGUGCGUGUUUCCAAGUCUUACCAUAUCAGCAACUUAAUGCUGUCUGUGCAUGGCUUGUAUCUGUGGUUAAAUAGUGUUUUGACAUCACUGUUCGCUGCUUUGCUAAAGCUUCUAUCACGUGAGCCAAAUAAUCUCACUGGUUAUUUCCAAUGUUAGAGAUAAGGAGGCUCCAAAAGUCUUUCAGGAAUUCUCGGUCUGGAGUUGAGUCAUUUCCAAACCACUUUAUCACUCAGAAGUGAUGUUUUCUUUUUUAUAUAUAUAUAUAUAUAUAAGAUAAAAGAUAUAUAUGAGUUUAUAAUCAGCGAAUGUCUGCUUUGAAGCCAUGUCUGUAAUCCAGGGUUAAUCACACUUUAAAUAACUAAAUAAAUACAUGGUGGUCACUACAGAUCAUCGCCUAAUGUGUAAAAUAUUCAUUUACCAAGAGUACUUUCUUCAACUGUAAAAUUUAAUUGAUAUUUUUUUAACCAAAACCAAAUAUUACCUAUAUGUACUAACCACUUCGUUGUGCGUAUAUACUGUUAAAUGCUUUCCGGUCAGGAGUGAGCGUACGCUAUAUAUAUUUUUUUACCGUGUGUUCUUUCAGACAUUCCUGUUUCGCUGCUAUCACAGCUGACGUUGACCUUUAAGGUUAUCAGAUUUGACUCAAAGCGCAAAGACUGUUUGUACAAUAUUUAUGGAGUAUAUACCAGUUUGCUAUGAAUGUGAAUCUGCUGUUAUCGAGUGUGCUGAAACAUGCUUAAUCCUUAAAAAAGGAACCGCUGAGCAGGAUCAGCGCCGCGUGUGGAGACUGCGGUCAUGCCGCCACAGUGAUUAACAUGCGCCCAGUAUCUUAUUUUCAAGGCCAAGUUAAAGUUUGACUUUUCAGGGUCAAAGUCCAGUUACUCGCUUUAAAAAUAUCCCCAAAUUUGAUAUUCUUUAUACGAGCUAACAAAUUAAAGUCCCUCACUGUAAUAUCCACUAAUGGCUAACUGACUUCUUCUCAUAAAAGGCAAUUUUCCUGGGCUAUGAUUGUAUUAAAGGCCACUUUUGACAUUUGGGGAAAAGCGAUUGUUACUUUUUAUAAAUACUAAGCCACUAUAUUAAAAACUCAUAUUAAAAAAAUUACGAUUAUCUAUCUAAAGUUUUAUUCAAAGUGAAUGAAAGGAAAAGCAGAGGAGAUCACAAGCCUCUCACGUCUCCGUCUGCCCAAUAACGAUAAUUACAUUGUUUGAGGAGCGAGGCA